GGCGCUACAUCCGGUGGAGUCUUCUGCGAGUUUGGACCGUGCGGGCCGGAGUACCGUUACGGUAGUCAUGUCGGCGUCGGUAGUGUCGGUUAUCUCGCGGUUCUUAGAAGAGUACUUGAGCUCCACUCCGCAGCGUCUGAAGUUGCUGGACGCGUACCUCCUGUAUAUACUGCUGACCGGGGCGCUGCAAUUCGGUUAUUGUCUCCUCGUGGGGACCUUCCCCUUCAACUCUUUUCUUUCGGGCUUCAUCUCUUGUGUGGGGAGCUUCAUCCUAGCCGUUUGCCUGAGAAUACAGAUCAACCCACAGAACAAAGUGGAUUUCCAAGGCAUUUCCCCAGAGCGAGCCUUUGCUGAUUUUCUCUUUGCCAGCACCAUCCUCCACCUUGUGGUCAUGAACUUCGUUGGCUGAGUCAUUCCUGUGUACUUACUUGAGGAGUGACAUACUAGAAGAAUGUUCGCUCUUUGAUUUCCUCUGGAUAAGAACUCUUGAGAUGGCAGCUUGUUGGACACACGGAUUUUCUUCACAUUUAUGCUUACUACCAGUUAUGAUUUGGGAUGCAGGUAGACAGCCUAGAAGAGUUCCGGCUAUGUCAGAGCAACUUUGUAACGUAGGUUAGUUAAUAUGGGCUCUGCCUUCCAUUAUGUGUAACCUUUUUGCCUUCCAAAUUAAAAAACUCCAUGCCA